GUUCGGCAAGAGCACCUCGCGGCAGGGCGGCGGAGUGGAGCAGGGCAUCAGCCUGCUGGAGGAGGACAUCAGUGGCCACGACGAGGCGUGGUACGCCCAGAAGCUCGAGCAGCUGCGACAGGGCAUGACCUGCACCAAGGUGGCCACCAACGGCAAGCCGUACGAGCGGGUGCUGAAAGUCGACGCGAAGAACUUGACGAUCCAGGUCUGCGGCGGCAAGGGCGGCGCCACGGGGCUGCUCCUCGACGACGUGGAAGACCUGCGCGGCGGCCUGGCCAGCUCAGAGUUCGAGAAGUUCCACGCCGAGCUGAGCUCGAAGGUGAGCUUGAUGCCGGACCUCUCCGAGAGGGCGUUGGUGCUGAAGACGUCCAACCGGACCUUCUCGUUCCUCCUGAAAUCGGCCGGUUGCCGCACGAAUGUGUCGCACUGCGUACUGUACUUGCUGAAGUCCAAGAAGCGCGGCGUGAUGGCGCCCGGGCGGGCGCCGGGCCACGCCGAGGACCAUCGGACACCCAAGGAUGGGCACGGGACGGCGACGUACAACCGCUCCACGUACACCGGCCAGUUCCGUAACCGGAAGAGGCAUGGCCACGGCGUGCUCACCCUGUCCGACGGGACGCGGUACGAGAGCGAAUGGCGGGACGACGUGAGGCACGGCAAGGGCAAGGAGCAUUGCUUGGACGGCACCACUUUCGAGGGGGAGUACGUCAACGGCAUGCGCGAGGGGCCCGGCGUCAUGACGUGGCCAGAGGGCUCGAAGUACAGGGGCCAGUUCCGGGAGGGCAGGGCCAACGGCAACGGGGAGCUCCUGCGCACGGACGGUUCCAUCUACACCGGGCAGUUCUACGAGGACUGCAUGCAGGGAGAGGGCUGCAUGCAGUGGAAGGACGGCGUCAGGUACGAGGGCCAGUUCCAGUGCAACCUCCGUGAGGGCCGUGGCCUCAUGCUGUGGGUCAGUGGCAAGUGGAAGUCCUACGACGGCAAGUGGAAGGAGGGUUGCCAGCACGGCAGCGGGGUCCUGACCGACCACAACGGCAGGGAGUUCCGGGGCGUCUUCAAGCAGGGCAAGUUGGAGCGGUGGGUCGACAGCUGACCCGUGGCCUCCAUCUGCGCCCCGCUCUCUCCCCCCCUCCCCCCUCUCUCUCCCCCCCUCCCCUCUCCCCCUUCCCCU